CGACUAAGACGGAUCGCGCGUCAUCUCUCGCCUUCCCAAAAUUUUUUUCCCCCUCUGCACAUCGGGUCCAAAACAUCUAUCCAUAGGAGCCAGAAAAGGAGAAAGAUGUUUAACUCAGUCAACCUAGGGAACUUCUGCUCCCAGUCGCGCAAGGAGCGGAGUGCGGACUUCGGCGAGCGAGCCGGUUGCGCUUCCAACCUCUACCUCCCCAGCUGCACCUAUUACGUCCCCGAGUUCUCGACGGUGUCCUCUUUCCUGCCCCAGGCCCCUUCUCGCCAAAUCUCCUACCCUUACUCCGCCAACCUCUCGCAAGUGCCGCCCGUGCGGGAGGUCUCCUAUGGGCUAGACCCCUCGAAUAAGUGGCACCACAGAAGCAACUACGCCUCGUGCUACUCCUCCGCCGCCGAGGAGCUGAUGCACCGCGAGUGCCUCCCGCCUUCCACCAUGACCGAAAUGCUAAUGAAAAACGACAGCGUCUACAGCCACCACCAUCACCACCCGAGCUCCAACCACCCGGCGCCCACCGGCUUCUACUCCGGCAUGAACAAGAACAGCGUCCUCCCGCAGGGCUUCGACCGCUUCUUCGAGAACGCCUACUGCUCGGCCGAGAACCCUCCGGAGAGCUGCCUCCAGAAGACCGAGGCCAAGCUGGGGGCCGAGGCCGGAGACCCCCAGCCGAACAGCAACGCCAACGCGCUCUCGUCCCGCGCCGACACCGGCGUGGACCCGGAAGACGAGGAGGAGAACACCAACCCCGGCUCCUCCGCCUCGUCCGCCUCUGUCAACAAGGAGGGCAGCAAAGGCAGCGGCGGCGGCAGCAACUCCAGUGCCCCCCGCACGAGGAAGAAGCGGUGUCCCUAUUCGAAAUUCCAAAUCCGAGAGUUAGAGCGAGAAUUUUUCUUCAACGUCUACAUCAACAAAGAGAAAAGGCUGCAGCUCUCUCGGAUGUUGAAUCUCACCGACCGACAGGUUAAAAUUUGGUUUCAGAACAGAAGGAUGAAAGAAAAAAAACUAAGCAGAGACCGCCUGCAGUAUUUCUCUGGAAAUCCCUUAUUGUGAACCUCUCUCUUUCCCUCUCAAUCUCAUUUCUUUUUUUGUUUAAAAAAAAGGGGAAAAAAGAAAAAAAAAUGAAAA